AUGGCACAAACAAGUGAAAGCCAAUCAAGCGGCGGGGAAAAAAGUGAAGAUGGCUCUAUCCUUGUUCCAUUCACCCUUCGUAGGGAGUAUCUGCAUCGUGAGACCGGAUUCGGAUCUUUCUUUUUGGAGAUGCCUUCCCUUGUAGAAGACAUAUCCAAAAUUCAUAAAAAUCCUUAUCCAAAAGUUGUCCUUCUAGUAAAUGACAAAGAUAAAAAUCAGAAAGAGUGCUUAAAGAUAAUUCGUGACUUAAAUCAUGAAAACAUUCUUCGAGUGGAGUUUUGGGAAGAAGUUAGCAAUGAACCACAUAUCCGAGUAUAUGUUGAGCCUUAUACCGCAAUCAUUUCAGAGCUUUUCCAGAAUUUUGAAUCUCUUAUCAAUCCAAGAACAAACAUGAUUCCAUCUCAAUCUUUUGAAGAAAUCGUGAGUGCAACGAUGAGUGCUUUAGAUUAUAUCAGAGACAAUAAUCAAUAUCACGGCAACUUCUCGUGGAAAACAACGUUUUAUCAUUUGGUGAAUGGCAAUGUUAUAGUGAAGUUGGCAAACUUCGAAAGGAAAAACUCAAAUGAUCUGCUACAAUGUCAAGUUGAGGAUGUUACAUCUCUUGGAGCCUCUCUUGAGGCGCUAUCUCAGCAUCUCAAAGAUAAUUAUCCUAAUGUCAAGAAUUACACGUAUUGCUUGAUAGAUGAUCUUGCAAGGAAGUUAAAGUCCGUUACCAAGGAUUCAAUCGGUACAGUGAAACGUGAUCUUCAAGAUCAUGAAUUCUUUUGGGAUGAGAAAAGAACGAAGAUAUUCUUUGCCUAUGAGGUACUUGGAAUAUGGAACGAUACAGCUAUUCAGAAUAGAUUUAGGCUGUCUCCGUCUAUGCCAACGCUCCCGUGGACAGCAGCAUGGGCAUCUGAUCCACUUAUGGUAGAAAUGGAAAGGUAUCGAUCAAAUAAUGGGCUUGGAGACUAUGAUGGAGAAAGUUUGGCAGAUGUUUUCAGAUUCAUAAGCGGGAUGUAUACUCAUGAAAAUGAGCUCAGAAAAACUUUGAAGAAUGAAAAGCUCUCUAUUGAUGCUGAAGUUCGCAAGAAGUAUCCAAGUCUAUGUCAUGAUCUAAAUGCCGCUAUACGGGGUGAUGCGUAA